AUGGAGAUCAAAGGUGAUCCAGCCUUCAAAUGGCCGACGAAGAUGAGGACUCCUUCAUUCAAACGCACGAAUCAGAGAUGGUGUGAGUAUCACAACGACCGUGGUCACCUCACUGAAGACUGUAUAUCUCAGCGUCACGAGAUAGAAAACUUUAUUAGGAAUGGGAAGUUGGUGAGAUUCCUAGCUGGUGAAAGAAACAGGGGUAGAGACCCUCAAGAACCUUUACAGCAGAAUGAUAAUGAAGCCCCCGAAAGGAGGCAGGAUGAUCAUGUUCUUUCUAAAGGACUUGAACCUUUCGUUUACGGCUAUCAGGAGACACCUUCAGCUCCUCGGGGUUUGGCUGGUGGAGGUGAGUCAAACUUAGCGAGGAAAGCUCACGCAAGAAGAGUGAACACGGAAGAGGUUCUCUUUCUUGAAAGGCCAUCAAAAACCCAAGAGAAGGAUCCAAUGAUUCUGUCAUUCUCAGAAGAAGACGCAAAGGGAGUAGCAAUGCCCCACGACGAUGUCCUCAUGGUUCAACCUGUAGGUCUCAUUUCUCUUCCUGUCACAGCAGGAACAGCCCCCAAACAAGCAACAAUAAUUGUAGAUUUCUUGGUGGUUGAUCGACCAUUUGCUUACAACACAAGUAUUGGUCGGCCAUCAUUAAAUAAAUUGAGGGCUAUCACCUUAACCUACCAUCUGAAGAUGAAGUUCCUAACAGAAGAUGGAGUUGGAGAAGUCAGAGGAGACUAG